AUGAGAGAAAGUUGCAUUCCAUUAUUAGACGAAACUCCAAAAAUCACUCAGAUUGUAAUAUCAUGCAACUAUCAAUAAUUGACUAGAGUAUUCAAGAUGACAAGUGCCUUCACAUCUGCGCAAUCGCUUAAAAAAGAGUAUAAAGAAAAGGGAGUAGUAACAGUAAGUGAUGGUAACUUUGUUUAAACGUUUGCCUUUCUUUUGUAAUCAUUUCAAGAUUAAAGGUAUGAUAGUAAGUCAUUAUGCAAAGGUACGAUUUUUGUCCCUGAUGUCUGUUAUGGUUGGAAACUAGAUUUAAUAUAGAAAACUAUCAAAACAGCUGGUGAGUAAUUUGAUGAAUGUGAAGAGGCCGCUCAAAAAUACAUAAAGGAAAUGAUAAAAUACUUAUAAAUUCAAGUGACAACAUCAAAGCCAUACGUGGUUGUGGUACAAUUGACAGAUAGUUAAUCAGCAUAAGGGAAUUGA